UCUUACUCUUUUCUAACUCAUGUGUGUAAAUUUCGGUAAAAAUGUAACAACAAAAUCAAAAUUUAAAAAAAAAUCAUUUAUUGCAAAAACAAUGAGAAAUAAUUUUACGGAUCGCUCGUCUUCGGUUUGUCAGUUAGCACAGGUAUCGGAAACCAAAGAUGCACAGGCGUAUCAAGAAUGUCCUACUGGUAAGCUGAAGAAGGUCGAUGGUGUCCAAAUAUGCAAAAGGCCGAUUUCGCACGAAUUCAACGCAAGGCCUCCCAUAAACAAAGAACACACUUUUGUGUUGGACCGCUCGGGAAAAGGUCCUUCGAACACAGCAGUUUCAAUAGUGUCACGAGACGCACCCAUCGACAGUGUCAUUCGGAGAAAAUCUUUCAAAGAUUUGGUUAGCAUUAUAGACGGCGUGCUUGCCGCGAAAGCAGGCGGUAAAUUUUUGCUGAAGCUAGAAAUCAACAACAGAGUACGAAAGAAUACACACGAAUUGAACAAUGUUAAAAAGAAGGGGAAAUUUUUCAGUGAAGUGGAAACUCAGAGCAGCUGCUUUAAUACUAAAAUAUUACAAACUUGUCGAUCGGUGAGCGUCACCGAAUUGACCGGGUUCGUCGAACACCCAAGACCACCAGAGGAAAUUCACCUAAUGCCUGUGGAAUUGGCUGAAAAUUAUGUUUUAAAAGACUGCAGCCCUCGUUUACUAUCAUCAGUUGGCGUCAAGUCAAAAAACCAAAAUCCUCUCGAUUUUAAAGAAAAAUCACUUUCAGAAUUGUUCAAAAGUACAUAUUCAAAAUGCAAACAAGAUGAUAACGUCUUAACUUCUAACUACGUUAAAAAACUCCGAGAGGAUUUUAAAGAAAUCGAAAAACAUUUAUCGGAGGAUAGGGACAUCAUUUCAAAGGCGAUUAAUUAUUAUAAAAAAUUAAACGACGAUUCUGUAACAAAAUAUGCUGUGAAAGACUUAUUUGAAAGCCAAUUCAUAAGCCAUCUUGGUUCAAUUGGCUAUCAUUAUCGCACAAUAAAGAAACAAAUUAUAAAUCUGUUAAAAACAGACGAUCAACAAAUCCUUAGUGACCUUCACCUUAUUAAUUCCUUAAAAACCCUAAGAUCUAAACAGAUAAAACAGAUUCCAACAAUAGGCUGGAAAGGGACAAAAAUGGAUUCAUAUGAAGAAAUGUCUGAAAAGUUGGAACCGUUACGGAUCACAAGAGUCUCUGGACCAUCUUCUUUACAAAGCACGAGCUAUUCUGAUGAGCAGUCUGAUAUAAAAUCAACCGGUAAGUCAUCAGUAAGUGAAGACAAUGAAGAAACAUUGGAAUUAGAAACUUCAAGUAAUGGCUCAUGUGCUUCUGAUACUUCUUGUAAUAGUAACACGAGUACUACUGAUACUUCAAUUGUUUUGAGUAUUAAAACAGUAGGUAAAGAUGAGAAAACCGAUAAAAGUAAAACUGUGUCAGAAAAAGCCUUAUCGGAAGAAGCAAUGUCAGAACGAACUCCUAAAAGCGAGUCGACUUCUGCUGACGAACCGCCAGAAGAUUGCUUGCAAGUUUAUCAAGACGAAACUUCAGGGAUAAUCGAAUGGAAAGAUGUCGACAGGCUUCAAAAAGCGGAUGCCCAACUGAAAAUCAAGCAGUCGCUGAUUUCUUCCAAACUGGCUGAAGAUAAAGCGAUCAAAAAGCGCAGGCUUUUAAAAAACUGUUACAAUCCGUUAAAGAAAAAAGACAAUUUUCGUCCGAUUAAAUUGUACAUUUUUAACAGGCGGGACCCUGAACAAGAUAGAACUUUCCUUAAGAUGAUUAAAAACCAACCAGUACGAGAUGAUUCGAAUAUUUCUGUCACGCAUCACAAUAUGAAAUCCAACUCGAAUCCAUCGAUUAAAAGAAAAACCGUCAAACUAUUGUGCAUAGCCGAUAGAAAACCGUCUUCGUUCAAUGGCAAGAAUUUACGAAAAAACAGCUUUCCCAAACUUAACAUGCCAAAAAAGUGGAACGCAAUCAAUAUAUCUGACCGGUCACUUGCUCACUAUGCUGCUUAUCUCGGCCAAGAAAAAAAUUUCUCUAAGAUAAAUAUUGUCCAGGAACGCAGCGAUCUUUCGAAGAGCGAGUGGAAACACCAAGUGACCACAGUCCUCGAAAGAAUAAAUAGAAAAUUCCAUAUUUGCCACGAUCCACAGAGGCCAGAUAAUAGCGUCGACAGUGCUUUCAAAAGUUCGUCUCCUGCUGAAAAUUGCUUCAAAGCAUCCUCGACAUAUGGAGAAAUGACAAGCAGAGUUUCGUCCAAAUCAACAAUUCCGUGUAAAAAACGAAAAACAGAAGCGAAGAGAGCGUGUUUGUUAAUGUAAGAACAAAAACUGGUUAACGCGUUAAGCAACCAUUCAGAAAUUGUCACCGGCCGUUGUUUAUGUUAUAUGCCUUCUUAAAAGGAUUACUGGCAAUUUGUUCUACAAUUAACUCCGAGAUAAACGCUAAUUACAACAAUAAUAGCCAACAGAAAAAGAAGGGGGUGUACAUAACUUCGGAAGGAAGGCCGGUAUCUGACAGUCGAUAACACAAAGAUACUGCCAUCAACAAGAACUGGAUAAUAAUAUGACUUUUGUACUGAGUUGGAGACUUCAUUUGAAAAAAACACUUUCCUUUUAAAUAGAUUUUUAUAUAAACUACAAAAAAUAACUCAACAUGAGAUAUUAAUUUGCUUGAUAAGAAAAUAAAUCAUAAAAUCUGAUGAAUAGCAGAGAAUGUAGCGAGAAAAUCUAUGCGGUCGAAUGGAAAAUAAU